AUGGAUGGGGUUCUUGUUGCUAAUGAAUUGGUGGAUUAUUCUAAUAGGGAAGGGAAAGAGUGUCUUCUUUUUAAAGUGGAAUUCGAAAAAGCUUACGAUAAAGUGAGUUGGAAUUUUCUUAGAUAUAUGAUGAGGAGGAUGGGGUUCGGGAUAAGAUGGAUGAGGUGGAUGGAGUCUUUGGUUUUUACAAGCAAUAUGUCGGUUCUUGUUAAUGGUAGUCCUACCAAGGAAUUUGGUGUGGAAAGAGGAUUACGUCAAGGUGAUCGUAUUUCUCGUUUUCUAUUUGUCGUUGUGGCGGAAGGUCUAAAGGUUUUGGUAGGUAAGGCGGUUGAAAAUGGAGAUUUCAUGAGUUGUAACGUUAAUGGAAAUUUUUUUAUUGAUAUUCUUCAAUUUGUAGACGACACUUUAUUGGUAGGAAAUGGGAGUUGGAACCAUCUUUGGGCGAUAAAGGCGGUUUUAAGAGGCUUUGAAUUGGUGUCGGGGUUAGGAAUUAAUUAUCACAAGAGUAAGCUUAUUGGUAUCAACAUUAAUCCGCAUUUUUUGGAAGAAACAACUUCUUUUCUUUCUUGUAGGACGGAGGCUAAAGAAUUUAAUUUUCUCAGUGGUUCUAAUCCUAGAAGAAUCUCUUCUUGGAGGCCUCUCUUGGAAAACAUUAAGAGGAGAUUGAACUCUUGGAAAGGGAGAUGGCUUAGUUUUGGAGGGAGGAUUACUCUUUUAAAACCGAUUUUGAGUAGUUUGGCGAUUUUCACUCUAUCCUUUUACAAAGCCCCUAAGAAGAUUAUUAAGGAGAUUAAUAAGAUGCAAAGCAAUUUUUUGUGGGGGGGGUUCGGAGGGGAUCAAGAAAGUUUAUUGGGAGCCUCGAAUGCUUUGUGGUUUCGGAUGUUGAAGGCAAGAUACGCGGAUGUUAAAUUAUGUGCAGCAGCUGGAGUUAAGAAUUUUGUGAAGAAAAGUAGUAGAUCGGUUUGGUGGUCGGAUAUUUUAGCUUUGGGGAAAAAGCUUCCGGAAGAGUUUUUUGCUAAGUCUUGUAAAUUUCGGGUUGGCCUUGGUUAUUCCAUAUCUUUUUGGCAUGCUCGAUGGUUGGAUGAGGGAAUUAUUAAGGAUAUUUUCUCGGAUCUAUUUGCUUUGUCUCUCUUGCAAGAUGCUUCGAUUGGAGGUAUGGGAGGUUGGAUAGACGAUGUUUGGCAUUGGGGAGACCUCGACAUUCUGAACCCGACUGUCACGGGCAGUACCACGGAUGUUAACAGGCUUAUGCUGCUGCUGCCAGCGCCUGUUCACUCUCCUGGCAGCACUGAUACGACAUCUUGGCUUCACACGGGAGACGGUAUUUUUUCAGUUUCCUCAUGCUAUAAGGUUCUAUGA